AUGUCCGAGGUCCAUGGCGCCGACGCUGAGCCUGUGGCCGCCGGCCCUCAACCUCAGUGUCUGUCGGUGCUGGCACCGCGACAGGUGACCCUGCGGGAUCGAGUCACCGUGGCCACCUUGGUGCCCUUCACGUCGGCAGACGAUGUGCCGCGGCCUUUGAUGAAGUAUCUUUCGGAUCAGUUCAACAAAGAGAUCGAAAAGGGCGACACCUAUGCCAUGACCGAUCCCAUCCCACUGGCCCAGUUCGGCCGCUAUUGGUUCUCCAGUUUCGGCGUUGUCAUGCUCCUUGGUGACAUCCAGAGUGUAGAGCAGACGCAUGCUAUGGAUCGUGCGGGUGCCAAUUGGACCAAGGUCUGCUUGGGGGGGUUUCACAUCCGACCCAAUUACCCGGGCCGUAGUAGCCAUGUCUGCAACGGCACCUUUAUCGUCACCGAUGCUGCCCGAAAUAAGGGUGUGGGUAAGCUGAUGGGCGAAGCAUAUCUGCAGUGGGCACCUCAGCUGGGCUAUACAUAUGCCGUUUUCAAUCUGGUGUACGAGACCAACGUUGCCUCCUGUCGCCUGUGGGACUCCCUUGGCUUCAAGCGGAUUGGCAGAGUCCCCGGAGGCGGGCAGCUAAAAUCCCAGCCGGGAGAGUUUGUCGACGCCAUUAUCUAUGGCCGGGGUCUGAGCUUGGACGGCGAGGAUUCCGUGUCCCAAGACCGUUUCGAGAAGAUUCGGUACUAUCUGAAGCAUUCCAAGUACCCUCGCGGCGCGGAUCGAGCCGAAAAGAGUCGACUUCGCAGCGCAGCAACGCACUACAAGCUGAUCGGCGGGGAAGAUGGUGAGCCUGAGCGGCUGAUGCUCAAGGACAAAGAAGUGGUGUCAGAUCCACAGCAGCAGUACGAGAUCGCCAACGAGGUCCAUCUGCAGCAGCAUGCCGGGAUCAACAAGACCACCGCCGCCAUCGCUGUCAAGUACCACUGGGUGCGCAUCAAGGAAACGGUCAAUCGGGUCAUUCGAGACUGCCCGGAGUGCAAGGAGACUCUCAAGACACCUCCAAUCCCGGGAACCAAGGAUGACGACCAGACGGUCGAUGACGAUAUGGUCGAUGGCGCCUUGGAUGAUUCCUCAAAAGACACAUCAGACCAGGCAAUGGAUGAGGCCCCGGACGACUCCUCGAGCCAUAACCCUUUUAUGAAUCCCCACCCCCCGCCGCCGCACCUGGUACGCUUCGCUGCGCCCAUGCCCCUCGACCCGCAAAUCAUGCAAUUGCACCAGCAACUGCGACGCUACCAAAGCCAAAACCCGACACCGAAUCUAUACGGCCCGCACAACGUCGGAAUGUCCAAUUUUGAUGAGGCCAUGCGGUUCCACACGGCUAACAAUGCCUACCAAAUGAUGGUCGACGACGGGUCGGAUCCGUUUCGACAAGAGGUCCUGGGGCUGGCUAACCCACCGACGACUCAUGACCUGCAGCAGGAGGCCGAUUUGCUGGCUAAGUACGAGUAUGGGAAUCCGUCGGAUGGGAAUUACGACUUUACGUGA